GGAAGGAAUUUGCGGGAAAAAAACACCAAAAUUUCCAGCGCAGCAUGCCAAAUCCUCUUCAACUUCGCGGGGAUUUGCCGCAGUGUUUUUCCCUCGGCUGCCGCGAGUGUUCGCGUUGCAAUGACUGCAGAACCGUGCUUGGCUGUAUUCGAUUUCGAUCGGACUAUCGUAAACGAUGAUUCGGAUGCAACUAUAAUUAAUAGAUUGCGCGAGAAGACUCCUCCGCCUGAAUGGGAAGGUGGUGAUCAAGACUGGACGCCCUAUAUGAGCGAUGUGUUCCAGCACGCCUAUUCCGCGGGCUUCCACCCUGCAGACAUCCUGGACUCCAUAGCUUCCAUGCGCCCCAACCCUGGCAUGCUGGAACUGCUGCGAGCCCUGGCCACAGAGCGCUGGGAUGUGUUGGUGCUGACGGACGCUAACAGCGUCUUCGUCAACCAUUGGCUCAAGACAUAUGGACUCCAGGAAGCCGUCACGGAGGUGAUCACCAACCGCGCGUUCUGGCGCAACGAGCGCCUCUACAUCGAGCCGUGCAUGCGCCAGACGACUUGCGCGCGCUGUCCCAGCAACUUGUGCAAGUCGCUGGCGCUGGCGCGCUGGACGCAGCGCCAGUACGGCCGCGUGGCGUACGCCGGCGACGGCAGGAACGACUUCUGCCCGGCUACCAGCUUACCCCCGAACGCAACCGUCUUCCCCAGAAAAGGAUACCCAAUGGAUGACCUGAUCAAGAAGACCCUGUCGUCUCCCGCGCCGCUCGUGAGGUGCAAGGUGGUGCCCUGGGAGCACGCGAGCACGAUACUGGAAGAACUGUUCCCCGGGAAGUAUCCCGUUAGCUAGGAGAUCCCAGACGUACAUCCCUAUCCCUACUAAUAUUAUAAAUGUCAAUAUCUGAUGAAUGUAGUUGGAGAUAGAAGACGGAGGACAGCAGCAAACCCCUCAUUUAAGGCUUAGCGAUACUGAAUACUUGAAUGCCAAUUGAAUGCCACAUCAAGAAACAAAAUCAAACGUAGACGAAGUCGCAGGCCACAGCUAGUAUAUUAUAGCAUAAGCAUUAUGUACGCCCACUAAGCAUUAUGACGUCACUAUCGUAGAUAGGUGGCGUCACUGCUGUCACCACGCUCACCACGGUAUGGGUCGAAACGAAGAAGCAAGCUUAAGAAUUCCAGUAAAAAGCAAAUUUGAUUUCACUUAAAAUAUACAACGUAAACCGACGUAAUACUUCACAGGCUUUAGAGGUACAUUAUGUACCGAGAUUUAUCUGUGAAA